UAAAUUUCCUUUCUAAAAGGGCGAAAGCCAAAAUUUUCCACGGACGAAUCUACCGUCCUAUCCUGCGCCUUUUCCACAUGCGCAGGAUAGCAGCGGCACCGCCCUCUCCUUUGUCAGGCCCACGCCAGACGCCCCCACCGGUUUUUACAUAGCACCAUCCUCAUUCCAUUCUGCUUCUUUGACCCUUCAAAACUUUUAACGGAUUAAUUAAUCCCAAACUUACCCCUUUUUUUUUUUUCAAUUUCAUCCUCCUCACCUCUUCUAUGUGCAAGACCAAAAUGGCAACCAAUGCGUCGGAACCUACGCCGUUCCGAUCUUUACGAACUCGCCCGAGUCAGUCCCCUCGAUCUCAAACAACUCGCUCGAGUCAGUCCCCUCGAACUGGGUCAAGUCGCCUGAGUCAGUUGCCAACGCCCUCCAUUUCUAAUCCCAGCACCAGCGCACCUUACACUUCCACUUUAUCUUACACGAAAGCGACGUCGUGGGAGACUUCAAUUUCAAGCCGAACUUCACUCUCAAGCCUUCGCGAAUCCCUCUCCGAAAACCCUCACAUCUACGACAUAUCGGAAAUCCGAGCCGCCACCAACAACUUCUUAGCUAAACGCUACGCCUCCUCUUCCUCCUCUGCCAACUCCACCGCGGCCUGCUGGCGCUGCAACCUCCGUGGCCGUGACACUGUCGUUUUCCAACGCAAGUUCCGCCGCAAAAUUCAAACGUCUCAACUCAAAGAACGAUUAUCAAUUAUUUGCCGGAGCAACCACGUGAGUGUAAUCAAACUCCUCGGCGCUUCCAUCUCCGGCGAUCAUAUUUACCUUGUUUAUGAGUUUAUCGAAGGAUCGAAUCUCGUUGAGUGCUUGAGAAACCCUAGGAAUCCGAGCUUUACUGUUCUAUCGACUUGGAUUUCCAGAAUGCAGAUCGCCACUGACCUGGCUCACGGCCUCGAUUAUGUUCACAACAACACCGGAUUAAAUCUUAGCAUUGUUCAUAACCACAUUAAGAGCGGUAGCAUUAUCGUUACAGAGCCUUCUUUUAAUGCCAAGAUUUGCCAUUUUGGAACGGCACAGCUUUGUGGCGAAACAAACGAGAACGAAACGCAAGAAAUCGGCUAUUCGAAACGCGUAACAGAAAUCGAAGAAGUAAUCGAAGAAGGUAAAGCAGCGAGUUUUAGGAAAUUGAAGAGAUCUGAUAGUGGAAAGAGGCACUUCGAAGGAAUGAGAGGUUACAUGUCACCGGAGUUUAUAUCCAGCGGCGUCGCGACUCAGAAAUCUGAUGUUUUCGCCUUCGGAGUGGUGAUUUUGGAGCUAUUUUCAGGGGAGGAGCCGUUAAAAUACCAGUAUGAUAGAAACACAAGUAAUUUUCUACGGACGUCUGUGAUGGAUACGGCGGCGGAAGCGGCGGAAGACGGAAGAGAAGGGUUGAGGAGGUGGAUUGACAGGAGAUUGAAUGAUUCGUUUCCAGUUGAGGUGGCGGAGAAGCUGAUACGUCUAGCGUUGGAUUGCGUACACGUGGAUCCGGAUAAACGACCGGAUAUGGGACGCGUAGCAGGGAAGAUUUCUAAGCUUUAUCUGGAGUCGAGGAUUUGGUCGGAUAACGUGAAAGUUCCAACAGGCAUUUCGGUCUCCUUGGCGCCUAGAUGAGUUGGAAAAAUGGCGGCUUCAUUAAUUUAAUCCUUACUUUUUUUUUUAUUUAAAUUUUAUAUUAUUAUCGUCAUUGUUGAUUUUGUAGG